UUAGUGGUAUUCUUUCUUCUGUCAUUUUAUGCAUCAUUGAAGUGUAGUGGCUAUGGCUUUGUUUAUAAAUGUUUCCCUGGCCAUAGUUAUUUCAUCCUCCAAAGUACUUUUACCUAAUGUUUGCAUAAUUCUGUUAUGAUCAGCCACGGUGUGGUUGUUGAAAAACAACUGACCUGUUACUGAACUAUGAAAUAUUAACAAAUGUUUCCUCUGUACAACAGUGCUCUUGGAUGGGAUUUUGUUAACAUUCAGGGAUUUUGGGGGGUAAAAUAGGAUUAUUUUAGGCAUAGUAAUGCAAUGAAAGCCUUCAAAUAUCACAACAUUAGUGUUAUACUAAGUGAUAUGAAUACAUGACUGUAAAAUAUACUGAGUCAUAACUGUAUCAGAUUUAUAAAUAAAAGAUAUGGAAAAAAGUUGUAUCAGUUGUUUUUACAAGCAUCACAGACAAGGUGCUGGUUUUGUGCACCAUGCUAUAAAUAGAAUAGAAAACAGUUAUUUAAAGCUGGCAUAUCUUGCAUUUUGCAACACCCUGCAGAGUUGUUCACUUGCCUAAUCUUAAUCUUCGGUUUACUCUUCAAAAUGAAUGCUUGUGAUGUGAGGCUACUUAACAGGAAGAAUGACCUCAUUCUGCCUCUUUGCUUCUGAUUGCACAGUCUGUUUUCGAAAGGAAACAAGGGGCUUUAUAGACCUGCCUUUUCGAAGACCUCAGAGCUAUUCUGUUCCAGGAAGCAGCAUAAGGAGCACCCUACAGUUGCAUUCCAGAGACUUUUUUUGAUGAAAAACUUCUUGCAUACGUUUGUUAAUAGUGAAAUGGCUUUUCCAGAUAAUCUGUGAUACAUGUAGCUCCAGAGAGUUUGCAACAGACCUUUUCAAGAUGUAUCGAAUAUCCCAGCUAAUGUCAACACCAGCAGCAAGUAAAUGUUCUUCAGUGUUUGAUAAAGAGACCAGGCAAAGUCUGUCUCCUGAACACAUUUUGCCAAGUUACACUUAUGCCUUUCUGGAUAGUGACACCUCCUAUGAAUGUUGUUCCAUAAACCCCUUGACAGGCUCUCUUUUCACAUGUCGCCGUAGUCCUCGGCUUCUUACUAAUGGCUAUUACAUUUUGACGGAAGACAGUUUUCUGUCUGAUGAAGAUGGUAAUGUAACACUGACCCCAUCCCAGACAAGUGUUACCUAUAAGGAGAAAUUAGUUAGAAUAUUCAGGAGAAGGAAGAAAAUCCGUCGCUCUCUUGCUAGUCUGUUCAGUCUCAGUGCCUCGGAUUCAUGGCUCAACAGCACUGUCCUUAGCAAUAUGAAUUCUCCUCAUGUAGAGGAGAUUUGGAAUGAUGGAGAUAAUAAACUAGAGGCCAAUCAGCACUAUGGCAAUGAUGACUCUGAAUUUUCUUCUGAAUGCAAAACCUGGAUGUCACAAAGGCAAACAGCAGCAGCUGAUGCAUCCUCUUUUUCUAAAGAUGUGGUGUUCAUUCAGUCAAGAAAACAGUUCAAUGAUUCUUCUCCGUGCUCCCAGUUUAUGGUAGAUGGGUAUUUCCGUGAAGAGACUUUGGAUCAUUCAAAAUCCAAUGCAGUGAGAAAUGUCGUUUAUCAAAUGAUUAUACUGUCCAUGUGUUUAAUCAUUUCAGUGUGUGCAAGAUGCUGCCAAGUCAUCUUUCAUCAGUCUUGUCACAUCUUCCAAAACCACCAAAUUACGGAAAUAAUUGGAAGACUGAAUCGGUUUGCCAGCACGUACAGAUCACUUAUCUGGAGCCAUUUUUCUUUUGCUUGUGAGAAACUAUCAGAAUUUUCAAAGUUCUUUCUCCCAAUAACACAAAAGCAUUUUAUUUGGACUGUACUUGGAUCCUUUCACAGUUUGCUAGGAAGCCAGGCUUUACACUAGUCUUUUUUGCACCCAAUCCUGCAAGCAGAACCAUGCAGGCAGACCCCUGUGCCCACAUGGAACCCCGUGAUGCCAGCGGGGCUCUACAUAGGCACAGGGGUCACCCAAGCUUUGUAACUUGCAGGAUUUGGGGCCUUGGAGACUAAGAUAGUGGAACAAAAUGUCUAGCAAGCCCUACAAAUCCAUCUUUUGUUGAUGUCUAAUCCGUUUUCACUAAUGUUGCUGCUCUGGCCAUAGAACAUGCAUUACAGUCUUGAAAUAACCUGUUGUCAAACUGGUUAAAAGCUGAGAAUGGUUCUGGAUAGUGGUGAAUUGGACAAUGUACUUAAAACUCUUCAAGGCCUUCAUUGUCUCAUCCCUGCCACAGCCGUUUGGCCUUUAUUUCUAUUCUGGGUUCUUUCCCAGUGAUUUUGAAGACAGAAAAAUGAGUGUUAGAAACACAAGAAAAGAGAGAAUGGAAAUUAAUUGUGCCAGAAUAGUGCUUCCUGUUAGAGACCAGAAGUGCUGCCUUCAGAAAAGUCAGGAGUCGGAGGGUUGGAAGAGCAGCUGGAGAUGCCAGAAUCAUAUGGUUAACUUAACAAAUAAAGAGUCCAUGACCUUUAUUUUCAAAGCAUUGAACCUUAUUUUUCUGAUAUUGGAUUUAAGAGACAAUGCUAAACAUUAAUCCCCUCGAGUGACCAGUGAUCACUGUUCUGUGACUACGCUAUCUCAUAACUAAUUUGUUAUACCUACCAAGUAUGCCAGUUUAGCUAACACAGUGUAAAAUUUCAUCUCCCUGUGCUAUAAAAUGAUGAAAAUGUGAUCGCGUAGUAUUGUCUACAAAAUCUUUCUGCCAUCGCUGCUUUUGGUCUGCUUAUCCCCCAUUGUGCUAAAACUGGCACCAGUGAAACCACAGUUGCUAAAUCUGACUGGUAAUGCUGCCUGUGGAAAGGCCAACUCCACAGGUGGGAUGCGAACAGGCUGGCAGGCAUAAUAGAAGUAUCUGUAAACUUUUGUAAAAAUUAAUUUAAAAAAAUUGAAGGUUCUGAUGAAGGAAAAAAGGAAAUUAUAAAUCACAGUUCAUCUGCCUGUAUUUUUAUAGUUAUUCACCUUUAUGGCCAUCCUCAAACAGGAUACACUUGUGUUUGUGAGAAUGAAUCCCUGGAGAUGUGGGGAAAUGAAGGAAAGCAUAGUGGCAAUUAUUUAAAAUGAACAUGCCAACCUUUCAAGGGGUAAAUAUCAUCCUGGUUGUAUUUCAGUACCAAAAGCUCAAGCAGGGAAAACAGCCAUGUUAUCUAUUUUGGAUAUUAAAAUACUGUUGCUGAGUGUGUUAAAUAUUUCCCUGAUAAAAAUAGACCAGGUGAGAAACUAACAGUCCAGUAUUUGUAGUUUAAAUAAAGACACCAGGGUGUACUUCAGGCAGAGAAUCCUGAAGUAAAGGAAAAUUGCUUCACAUAAUAUUAUUAUUAUUAAUAAUAAUAAUAAAUACAAUUAUAGUAAAUAAUAAAAAAUUGAGAGGCUCCACACAACUCCAUAUUUUUCUUGUAAUACAGAUGAUAAGCUUGAAUAAUUCUAUGACUAUUACAUAAUUCAGCUUCUUUAUUCACUUUAACUCUAGAGUGACAGAUUACUUGUGUGGUAUUUAUACAUAUUUUGUUACUUAUGCUAUGCUAGUUAUAAUGGGCCCUCUUUUAAAUGUACUCUUGAUCUCAAUGAGGAGAAAAUUCUCUAUUUUUUAAAUAAUUCCUAGGAAUUCAUGAAAAUAGAACCAAACUUCUUAUUGCCUUGCUGGAAUGAAACACUGGGUCACAGUUAAUCAAGGCUGAUGAAAGAGUAAAGCCAACAUUUUGUAACAUGGGUGCCUAAAUCCAUAUUUAGGCUCCUAAGUAAAAGUAGAUUGACUUUUGAAGUGCUGAGCAUCUGCAGCUUCUAUUAAUAGGAGAAUCAGGCUCAGGGUAUUUUAAACAGUAUUUCUAGUGAAGUACAAACACUUGUUGACUGCUAGUUAGUGUGACAUUUGUGUACUAUGAGAGGGCUACUGUAAUCUAAAGUCUCUACUUUCAGUAAUUGAGCUCUUGUUCAAUUUUAAUGUACUAAAUUAAUUAAAAUACAAAUCCAUUGAGGAAUUUUCAAGAUGCACAUGUAACAAUAAAUUUAUCACCUUUUGCUAUUAUAAUCCUUGUUCACCGUGCCGUGAUCUUUUGUUUGGUCAUUCCUUACUGUGUAAAAUCAAAUUUCAUGCCCAAUCCUGCAAACGCUUGAUACCAGACAUAUUGCUUAUUCUAGUGAGGAGGCUGGGUUCUCAACAGUAGCAAGCAUUAUGCCCAGCAGUGUUUGGAGGAGCCCUUAGAUUGUAAGCUGUUUGGAGCAGGGACACAUCCAUCAUUAUCCAUCUGUGGAGCACCCUAUACACCCUUGGAACUGUACUAACAAUAACAGUAGCCCUCAGAACUGAAGGGUGUGGUAAAAAAGGGUACCAGUACAUCAAAUAGGUACAGACUUUGGGCCCGGUUCUAUGGGAUCUGGCCCUUCACUUGUCCUAUACCUUUAUUUUAUAAUAUGCUUAUAUAUUAGAAUGUAAAUCGAGAACAGUUAUUAGUUGUGAGGGUAUUAAUAAAGAAUCUUGCUAAGAAUUGCACACAUUUGUCACCUCAGUGUGCUUGUUAUAUCUUGUUGUUUAGACUGUAAGCUUUCUGGGGCAGGGAAUGUUAUUCAUUCUGUGUUUGGACAGCAGCUAGCCCAAGGGAGCCUAAUUUGGUUGAGGCCUUUAGGAGCUACCACAAUAGAAAUGUUAAAUAGUAAUUAAAAGUCUUAUAGAGAGUUGAUGAAAAGACAGAGGUGCAUAUCAUAAAUUGGCAUAAGCCAGCAGAUGGCCACCACCUAAGGUUCUGACCCAUAGUUUUUCUGCAACUGAGAAUUGCAGAGCCACAUCAGAUGCUAUAGGGCUCGAUCUUGCAGUUCUUACUCAGAUGAACAGUCUCAUAAUGGAACCCAAUAUACGGUAUAUUCAAAAUAUUUCUAAUGAAGAGUAACAUUAAUGGUAUAAAGCUUAUUUUGUCAUGCUGCAGCAGACACUUUAUGUUGCAUUGUAUC